AUGGAAUACGUCGCUCUCGUCCAGGGCGCUACAGGCGCGGUCGGCCGCGAUUUAGUGGCCGAGCUGGUCCAAAGCCCAUCGUGCACUAAAGUGAUCGCUCUCACACGCCGGGAAGUCCCUGAAACUCAAUGGGGGGAAGCAUUUCCUUCGAUGGACGUGUCUGCAGCUCAGAACAAACUGGAAAUUAUUCCUGUUGACUUUGAGGAGCUGGGUCGCGACUGGAACAAGAUCCCUGUCAGUGUCGACGCUGCGUUUUCGUGUUUGGGCACGACUCGCAAAGAUGCAGGCUCGGCUGAAGCUUUUCGCAAAGUCGAUUUGGAGUAUGUGACCAAGUUUGCCGAGCUGGCAAAAGAUGCGGGAGUGCCGUAUUUCGGACUGCUUACAGCCAGUAAUGCGGACAAGGACAGUUGGUUCCUUUAUCCACAGACGAAAGGGGAAGUGGAGGAAAACGUUAAGAAGAUGGAAUUUGAGCGGACGUCGAUUUUUCGACCGGGACUUAUUGAUCGUGGAAGUCUUGCUCGUACUGUAGAGUCGCUGGCUGGAUAUCUGUUACCAAGCGUAAAUUACGACCCGUGCCAUCGCGAAGGGAAUGGUUGUCGACUAUGA